CCGGCAGUGCACGAGUGAGCAUGGCUAGCUUAAAACGCUCCGCUAUUGGCAGUAGACUGUCAGUAACGUUAUUUAUACUCUUAACUUUUCAUCAGAUCUCCGGACAACCUACCGAUGGCGACGAAAAAGCUUCUGAUACCGAAGGCUCCUCAGGACGAGGCCUAUGGGAAAGCGACAUUUUCUUCAUCCAAAAACUGGCGAGUUUUUUCGGUGGCGGCGACAAAGAUACAAAAACUACGAAGACUGAGGAACCCAUACGGAGGCAAGACCGUGUCCCUGUGUUGCGCCACCAGAUGGUUCCUCCUCAGCUCUUCCAUCCUGAAAACAUUGAGACUCCGAAUGGUCCUCUCACGGUGGUAAGCCAUUCCAGCAGACCCGCUGCCAAGUUUAGGGUGGGAAAAAAUCCACAUGGGGUUCGACAGAGACCACGAUUUCCAUUGCGGCAGAAAAAUAAGUUAAUUAAAGUUCCUCCACCGAUGAGAAAGACCGGUGAAAAGCUUCCUGUACUUUUGAAUCAGAGUGAAAAACCUUCCAGGCUUUAUACAGGGAAUGCUAAUUUCGUCCAGCCUGAAAACUUCCGAGUGCCACCUCCCUUGUCGAAUUCAUUGGAUGGACAUCGCACGCACGCGAAUCUGAAUACAAUUGUUCACUCUCAAUUCUCGCAGGCACCUUAUCCUUUCCGCAUGAUAACAUCGCCAAAGCCCUUCGUAAACCCUUUUCAACUAGGGUUCACUGAUCCACAUCCAGAGACCUUCACAAGAACCGUGACGUCUUCGCUCCUGGCGAACCACAAUCCCACAAACCCGAAGUUCCUGUCCAGCCCAGUAGCAAUAAAGAAUCCAGUUCCUAACUUAGCUCAUCCUCGUGACUCUAGCUUUGUUUUCCCAUCAAGUUCCACCCAGAAAAACCUUUUCUUCGACCAAUCGUCAUUACUGCAGCCGAGCGGUUCUGUCCAAGAAGUUACACGCGUAAAGCAACCUCAGUUCUUGUCAGGCUUAUCAUUUAAUUCUAUUGGAACUUCUUCAUUGGAUAAGCCCCUAAAUCGUUUCCGUGACCAACACUUGAGACCUCCCCCACAGCCCCAACGCGUUGAGCUUGAUUUACAUAAACCUAACCCGUUCGAUUCGCAUGCCGAAUUACAUGGACUCCACAAAACUAACGAGUUGGGGAAAAAUAAGUUUGAAUACAAUGGAUCGGAUGAUUUUCUACCAAGUCCCAAAGAAGGGAACAUGCUAGAAGACGCUUUUCAGCCGAUUUUCAGAGCAUCCCAGAGUCUGGACAUGGAAUUGCCUGAAUCUUUCAUGAAGCCCAUGCACAUAGCCUCUGCAAGAUCAUUGACGUUCGCUCAGCCAGCACCUCCACCUGAAGUAAUUGAUUUUUUCGAGGAAGAUGGCAUGAAACACCUGUAAUUAAAUGUAAAUCUACAAAUUAUUGUGUUCAGAUGUUGAAUGUGAUAAAUUAUAGUCCAUAGUUGAACUGACUUAGUAUCCAAAUUAAGAUUGUACGUAUUAAAUAAUUCCAUCUCUAUAUUUCUUAUGAAAUGCUGAGGAAUCUUUAUUAUUUGAAGAACUAUAGCCAAAUAAAGAAUACAAAUUGAACUGCAAAUCUUCAGAAAAAAACAUUAACUAGCUUGCUAUAAAAUACAUUUGUAUUUUUGGCUCACUGUACAAAUAAUUUCAAGCUUGCAUCUAGCCACUAACAAUCUGUGCAGAUAAUAAUUUUAUUCUGCCCCUAAUAAUUUGUUAGAUGUUUGUUGAUGAUCAUUGUAUAAGUGUUCGUUAUUUAUUAUUUAAGAUAAUUAUUCGGAUACGGGAAAGCCUAUAUGAAUAAAAGUGAUAGAAAUAGGCAUUUUCUGUACCUCGAAUGUUUGUUCUCGUUAUUAUACUCGUGUAAGCGUGUAGGUACGACUAAACUCUAAAGCUUCUCGCAUUAUUGCAUUAUUUACAAAUAUGUAAAAUCUUUUAUCUACUUUCUAUGAAAUUAUAAUAAUAAUAAUACAUUAUUUAUGAUAUUUUUUCUUACAUGAGAAUAUUCAUGCAUAUAUUGCUCGUGUGAUGUGAAGGUAAUUAUCUAAAAUCAUUAAACUGCUCAUUUCAAAGGCAUAUUUAUGUACCUACAUUUAUGCAAAUAAAU